AUGGACAAAUUUAUUGAAAAAGUGCGAAAUAAAGAAUGUUUGUGGAAUCUGCAUCAUCCAGAUUAUCAUAAUAGAAACGAAAUCAGAAAAGCUUGGGAAGAAGUAGAAAAAGAAUGCGGUUUGGAAGCUGGCUCUGGUGCAGAAAAAUGGAAAAACUUGAAAGACACCUAUCGUAGAGAACUUCGUAAGGAAAAUGUGGUGGCUUCAGACAGUGCUGCAAUGCCGCAUUCAAAAUGGACACAUUUUAAGGAUAUGUGUUUUUUACAAGAUAUUAUGGAAUCGCGCUCCAUGUCAGGUAACUUGAUCAAUGAAAAAAGUUGUGAUGAAUUGGUUGAACUUCAUAAUGAAGAUAAAUCGGAAACUCCUGAAUCCAUAAAAUUGAUGCAGCCUACACCUAAAAAAUUAAAGAAAAAACUUGCGGAAAUCUCAGCGUUUUUGGAGUUGGAGGAAAAGAAGCUUAAGCUUCUAGAAAAAACCAACGAUGAGGAGGAUGAUGAUUACCAUUAUCUUAUGAGUUUCAAAAA